AUGUGUGUGCACACAACAGUGCCGAAAGAACGGCCUCAAGAUACAGUGGAGAUUUUAAGUGGGUACAUUCAUCUUGCUGACCUGACAGGGAAAGGAGUCUGGUGGCUCGGGGUACAGGUGUGGUCCCCCGCUGUGGUACCCGUCUCUGUCCUCAGCGCCUGCUUCAUUGUGAGCUCUCUGGUGCUGGUGUACGGCGUGAAUAAAGUGGAAUUCCUGCCCUGCACCGAAGUUCACACUCUGACAGGGGGAGACCGAGGUAUACACAUGCUCUAUGUCUUCGGCACCGAAGCUGUCCACGUCCUGGCCGCUUUGUCGCGCUACUCCCCCGAACUGCCACUGGGACAUCUCGGACGUUUCGAAGUUAAAGUGUCGAACGAGAGUCCUCACGAGUGUUUGUCUUGUGACAACACUGCCCCAUCAUCGCGACAGCCUGAACCCUUUAUAUGCUGGCUACUUGCUCUUAAUUUUAUUUUUGUUUCUCUUAUACUCAUUCUGAAAGAUUGGAGCUGCUGCGCAACACUCUGGAGUUCAUUUCAGUCCAGCUGCUACUUAAUUUCCACUGUGAUACGAUCUUGGAAUGAGAGUCAGAAGGACUGCGCUGUGAUGGGGGCAGACACGGUGGCGGUCAACACCAAGGAUGAGCAGGAGUUCAUCAUCAAGAAUCUCAAUAAGAUUUUGCUCACUUUGGGGCUGUCUGAUCCAGAGGGUCAGAGACAUUGGCAAUGGGUUGAUCAGACACCAUACAACAAAAGCAUCACAUUCUGGCACUCACAUGAACCCAAUAAUCCUGACGAGUGUUGUGUUGUAAUAAAUUUUCAUACUGCAUCAAAACAAUGGGGCUGGAAUGAUGUUCACUGUCAUAUUCCUCAGAAGGCAACUUGCAAGAUGAUGAAGAUCUACUUAUGA